CGUCAGCGUCCGUCUCGACGGCAUCGUAGCAAUAGAAUAGAGAACUGAAUUCAAAACACUUUGAAUCGACGUCAUGGCUCGUUAUCAUCGUCUCCUGUUUAUGGUAGGUGUGUCUGCCCUGAUGACUGCAAUCAACCUGAUGGAAGCUAAGCCUGUUCCAGCACGUCGUUCUUCUCCAUCAUUCGCUGGUUUCCACCAUUCGCUGUUCGGUUCGAUGGACGACGGGCCUGCCGUUCCAACCAUGAUGAUGAUGCCUUCGUUCGUCUACUACCAAAUGGUGUCUCCGUUUCACAGUCCGUUUCAUCGCAUGAUCAAAUCAGCGCCGUGGUCAGCUCUCGAUGAGUCUUCCGAGGAAGAAGACGAUGACGAACUUGAAGAAGAAAUGGAGGAGGAAGCGAAAGGCGGGUCGAAAUUCGGGAAAAAUGAAACGAAGAAAUCAACCGCUGACAGUCCCACAAAAGAGGAACGAUCGCAGAAGAAGGAAAGAGAAAAGGUGAGUCAAACUGAAUCUAAAAAAGGGGAAGACAAGUCCGAGAAAGAUACGAAAAGCGAGCCUUUGAAAGAGGCAAAAAAGGCUAAGCUCCACGUGGAAACAGAGGACGAAGAGAAGGAAUCAGAUGGCGUCGCAGACGUUGUUAAAAAAGAAGAACCAUCAACGGAGCAACCUCAGAAAGAAUGUCCGAAAGAAACAAAGUCCGAAGUGAGUUCCAAAGAACAAAAGAAGCCCGUCGGGAAAUCCCCGAAAGAAGAAGAAGAAUCCCAAGGCAAAUCAAUGGAGGUGGCGAUUGAAUCAGAGAAAGAAGAAACUACCGAGAAAGAAACAGAACCCGAAGAAGAAGCGGAAAACGAGGAGGGGGAAUCCGUGACUGAGAAAGAAGAAGAUGAAGAAACUCUGACGACAGAAUCACCAACUACGGAAUCACCUAGUCAAGAAUCUACCUUGACUUUCGGUGCAGAGAUAACAACACAGUCACAAACAGAAUCCAUCAUUGAACGGAUUCUGCCUGAUGCACCCAAAGUAAGAGAAAACGGUCCUACCAAAAGUUUGCGAAGAUCAUCCAUAACGUACGUAUGCAAACACGGUAAAUGUCAGCACAGCGCCGAAGCCAAAAAAUUACUGGAACAAGAAAUAGAGGCGGAGUUGUGGGCAAAAUUGUAGUAAGCCGCCAUCGGCAAAAAAAAAAAAAAAAGAAAGAAAGAAAACACUUCAAAGUUUAUUUAGAUAUAGAGUUCUAUAUGAAUUUAUAUGCUCGCAAACUGUAUACUGUAUGUCG